AUGGGCUCCGGCGAGGAAGACACAGGAGGCGGAGGAGGGGUGGUGCGGGGCGCGGUGCUGAAGGCGCUCGUCGUCGUCGGCGGCGCCCUGCUGCUCCGCCGCCUGCGCCGCUCCACCACCCGUUGGGACUACGCGCGAGCCGUCGCCGACGCGCUCUCCGGAGAAAAGUUCUCGAGGGAGCAGGCGAGGAAGGAUCCUGACAACUUCUUCAAUUUGAGAAUGCUCACAUGUCGUGCAACCGAGAUGGUGGAUGGUUCAAGGGUGCUUUACUUUGAGCAGGCAUUUUGGAGAUCUCCAGAAAAGCCUUUUAGACAAAGAUUUUACAUGGUAAAGCCUUGUCCGAAGGAGAUGAAAUGCGAUGUUGAGUUGAGUUCAUAUGCAAUUGGGGAUGCUGAAGAGUACAAGAAUUUCUGUGACAGUCAAAAGGAUCAGAGGCCACAGCCAGAAGAAGUAAUUGCGGAUAUCGCAGAGCAUCUAACCACCAUACACUUGUCACGGUGUGGCCGUGGAAAACGUUGCUUAUAUGAAGGAUCUACCCCACCUGAAGGUUUUCCCAACAACUGGAAUGGUGCAUCAUAUUGUAUAUCGGAUUUGUCCAUCCACAAAAACGGUGAAGUACAUAUCUGGGACAAAGGCUUUGACGAUGAAGGGAACCAGGUUUGGGGAACCAAGGUUGGCCCUUACGAGUUCAAGCCUGCCCCCAAAUCCAAAUAUGACGACAUGUUCUCGCCAUUAAAUUUCUCUGCCCCUUUGUCACUAGAGAAGAAGUUGGAUAAAGCAUAUGUAAUCGAUGACCAGUAG